UCCGGCCCCGCUCGUCGCUUUCCGCCUCCUUCCCUCGGAAGACUUCGUCCGACCAGCCCCACAAUCCCCGCGCCUCGGCAGCCCUGCUGGGCUCGGGCUUUUCCGGCAGCUGUCGAGACCUGCUCGGCUAGUUCCGCCGGCCCCUUGUUGUCGCGGGGGCCAGCGUCUGCCCCCCUCGGCGGGCCCGGCUGGGCUUCGCUGCCCCCCACCGCCCGCUGCUCCGGCUGCCCCCCCGCGGCCCUCGCCAUGGCGGCUUUCGGGAUCCUCAGCUACGAGCACCGGCCCCUCAAGCGGCCGCGUCUGGGACCUCCCGACGUGUACCCGCAGGACCCCAAGCAGAAGGAGGAUGAGCUGACAGCUCUCAAUGUGAAGCAGGGUUUCAACAACCAGCCGGCUGUCUCUGGGGAUGAGCAUGGCACUGCCAAAAAUGUCAACUUCAAUCCUUCCAAGAUCAGUUCAAACUUUAGCAGCAUCAUUGCUGAGAAGCUGCGCUGCAACACUCUGCCUGACACAGGCCGCCGAAAACCCCAGGUGAACCAGAAGGAUAACUUUUGGCUGGUGACAGCCCGCUCCCAGAGUGCUAUUAACAACUGGUUCAACGAUCUGGCUGGGACCAAGCCCCUCACUCACCUGGCUAAAAAGGUGCCCAUCUUCAGUAAGAAAGAGGAGGUCUUUGGUUACCUAGCAAAGUACACCGUGCCUGUGAUGAGGGCAGCCUGGCUGAUCAAAAUGACCUGUGCCUAUUAUGCAGCCAUCACAGAAACUAAAGUGAAGAAACGGCAUGUCAUCGAUCCAUUCAGUGAGUGGACGCAGAUCAUCACCAAGUUCCUGUGGGAGCAGCUGCAGAAGAUUUCGGACUUUCAUCGGCAGCUGCUGGCACAGGCCUGUGCAUCUCCCUCUAGCCUCAUGCCCCAGGAAGUGGAGUACUCUGUGAAGCAGUGGGACUACAAUGAGAAGUUAGCUAUGUUCAUGUUCCAGGAUGGGAUGCUGGAUAGACACGAGUUCCUGACCUGGGUGCUUGAGUGUUUUGAGAAGAUUCGACCAGGCGAAGAUGAACUCCUGAAGCUGCUUCUUCCCCUUCUGUUGCAGUAUUCCGGUGAGUUCGUGCAGUCAGCCUACUUGUCCAGGCGCCUCGCCUACUUCUGCACCCGCCGCCUUGCCAUACUGCUGGACAGCAUUGGUGGGCAUCCUGCCCACCACCUGACGGCGCAGAGCACCCCUGCUCUUCCAUCCACACCCACCCCUCAGCCGGCUGCGGGGAACCCCCCUCCCAGUCCGUUCGGUGACCUGCUGCAUUGCCCACAGCACCGCCCUGUGGUUUAUGGGCUAAGCUGCAUCCUCCAGAGCAUUGUCCUGUGUUGCCCCAGUGCCCUCGUCUGGCAUUACUCCCUAACCGACAGCCGAAUAAAGACUGGCUCCCCACUUGACCACCUGCCCAUCUCCCCCUCCAACCUGCCCAUGCCUGGGGUCAGCGCUGGCUUCAUGCAGCAGGUGAGCAGCAGGGACCGGAAUGAGCAGCAGGUCCGAGCAAGACUCCGGGAGAUUGAGCAGCAGAUCAAGGAGCGGGGCCAGGCAGUGGAGGUGCGCUGGUCCUUUGACAAAUGCCAAGAAGCCACUGCAGGAUUCACAAUAAGCCGUGUGCUGCACACCUUGGAAGUGCUAGAUAGCCACAGCUUCGAGAGAUCAGACUUCAGCAACUCUUUGGAUUCCUUGUACAACAGGAUAUUCGGGGGAGGACCGAGCAAAGACAGCCACGAGAUCUCCCCAGAUGAUGACGCAGUUGUGGCCCUUCUGUGUGAGUGGGCUGUCAGCCACAAGCGAUCCGGGCGCCACAGGGCAAUGGUUGUGGCCAAGCUGCUGGAGAAGCGGAACUCUGAGAUUGAAGCGGAGAGGUGCGGAGACUCAGAAGUGGUGGACGAGAAAGGCUCCAUCUCCUCAGGUUCCCUCUCGCCAGUCGUUACGCCCGUCUUUCAGGACGUCCUCAUGCAGUUCCUGGACACCCAGGCUCCCGUGCUAACCGACCCCAGCAACGAGAACGAGAGGGUGGAGUUCUUCAACCUGGUCCUGCUGUUCUGUGAGCUGAUCAGGCACGACGUCUUCUCCCACAACAUGUACAUGUGCACGCUGAUCUCCCGCGGGGACCUGGCCAUCGAGCAUGGGCCUCGCCCUCCUUCGCCCUUUGACGACACAGCCGACGAGCACGACAGGAAGGAGGUGGAAGGGAGCAGCAGCAUGAAGCUGGAGGACACGGGCCUGUCAGAGUGCCAGAUGGACAUUGACCACAACUCCAGCGUGAUUUUUGAUGAUAUGGAGAAGACAGAUUUCUCGAUGUUUUCCCCUCCCAUGCACUGCGAGUCCAAAGCCAGCCCUUCUCCGGAGAAACUGGAUCUUGAGAAGGACAUCAAGCCUCUCCUGAAGGACAGAGUUGCAGAUGGAAUGCUGGCGUCCCUCUAUGAGCAGCCUCGGCAUAUCCAGUACUCCAUGCACUUCCCUAUUCCACAGGAGGAGUCAAGCAGCCACGAAUGCAACCAGCGGCUGGUGGUCCUUUUUGGUGUUGGGAAGCAGCGUGAUGAGGCACGGCAUGCCAUCAAGAAGAUAACCAAAGAUAUCCUGAAGGUGUUAAACAGGAAGAGCACAGCAGAGACAGGGGGAGAGGAGGGGCAGAAAAGGAAACGGAACAAGCCAGAGGCCUUCCCGACAGCCGAGGACAUCUUUGCUAAGUUCCAACACCUUUCUCAUUUUGACCAGCACCUUGUCACCUCUCAGGCAAGCAAGAGAUCCCAUCACAGUGCAAGGACACAUUCCACCCAGGUAUCGCGCAACGUCUUAGAGCAGAUCACCAGCUUUGCCUUAGGGAUGUCCUACCACCUGCCCCUGGUGCAGCACGUCCAGUUCAUCUUCGACCUGAUGGAGUACUCGCUCAACAUCAGUGGGCUCAUCGACUUCGCCAUCCAGCUGCUGAAUGAGCUGAGUGUGGUGGAGGCAGAGCUGCUGCUGAAGUCCUCUAACCUGGUGGGCAGCUACACCACCAGCCUGUGCCUGUGCAUCGUGGCCGUGUUGCGGCACUAUCAUUCCUGCCUUAUCCUGAAUCAGGACCAGAUGGCUCAAGUAUUCGAAGGGUUGUGUGGGGUGGUGAAGCAUGGCAUGAACCGCUCUGACGGAUCUUCUGCGGAACGCUGCAUCCUAGCGUACCUCUAUGACCUCUACACUUCCUGCAGCCACCUGAAGAGUAAAUUUGGAGAGCUGUUCAGCGACUUCUGCUCCAAGGUGAAGAACACCAUCUACUGCAACGUGGAGCCAUCCGACUCAAACAUGCUGUGGGAGCCCUUGUUCAUGAUCGACACCAUCGAGAAUCCGUCGGCCCACAACUUCACCUACACCAACCUGGGCAAGAGCCUCACCGACAACCCGGCCAACCGCUACAGCUUUGUGUGCAACGCCCUCAUGCACGUUUGUGUGGGGCACCACGACCCUGAUCGGGUCAACGACAUCGCGAUCCUGUGCGCUGAACUGACGGGCUACUGCAAGUCACUCAGUGCCGAGUGGCUGGGUGUGCUGAAGGCUUUGUGCUGCUCCUCCAACAACGGGACUUGUGGCUUCAAUGACCUCCUCUGCAAUGUGGACGUGAGUGACUUGUCUUUCCAUGACUCCCUUGCCACGUUCGUGGCCAUCCUCAUUGCUCGCCAGUGCCUCCUCCUCGAGGACCUGAUCCGCUGUGCUGCCAUCCCUUCGUUGCUCAAUGCUGCUUGCAGCGAGCAGGACUCGGAACCCGGAGCCCGCCUGACCUGCCGGAUUUUGCUCCACCUCUUCAAGACCCCGCAGCUGAACCCCUGCCAGCAGGACAGCAGCAAGCCGUCAGUGGGCAUCCGCUCUUCCUGCGAUCGACACCUGCUGGCUGCUUCCCAGAACCGCAUUGUGGACGGAGCCGUGUUUGCUGUGUUGAAGGCUGUCUUUGUACUGGGGGAUGCCGAACUGAAGGGCUCUGGCUUUUCCCAUCCGGCCGGGGUGGAUGAUCUUGUGGAAGAUGACAAGAAGCCUGCAAGCCGGAUGGUCUCCAUAGAGACAGCCAGCCUGGACGUUUAUGCCAAGUACGUCCUGAGGAGCAUCUGUCAGCAGGAGUGGGUGGGUGAGCGGUGCUUGAAAUCCUUGUGUGAAGACAGCAAUGACCUGCAGGAUCCUGUCCUGAGCAGCACCCAGGCCCAAAGGCUGAUGCAACUGAUCUGUUACCCACACCGGCUGCUCGACAACGAGGAGGGCGAGAAUCCCCAGCGGCAGAGGAUCAAGCGCAUCUUACAGAACCUGGACCAGUGGACAAUGCGACAGUCAUUGCUUGAGCUGCAGCUCAUGAUCAAGCAGACGGCAAACAACCAGGAAAUGAACUCCCUCCUGGAGAACAUUGCCAAGGCCACCAUCGAAGUGUUCCAGCAGUCAGCUGAGACCAACUCGGCCAGCAACGGCAUCGUCAGCCUUUGCAGCUCCACAAGCUUUGUGCCAGCAAGCACCAAAGCCAAGCCCAUCCUCAGCUCCUUGGAGAGAUCAGGUGUGUGGCUGGUGGCCCCUCUCAUUGCCAAGCUCCCAACUUCUGUGCAAGGCUACGUGUUGAAGGCUGCAGGAGACGAGCUGGAGAAAGGGCAGCAUUUGGGCUCCUCAUCCCGCAAGGAACGGGACCGCCAGAAACAGAAGAGCAUGUCCCUGCUGAGCCAGCAGCCUUUUCUGUCCCUGGUCUUGACCUGCCUGAAAGGCCAGGAUGAGCAGCGCGAGGGCCUCCUCACUUCCUUGUACAGCCAGGUUCAGCAGAUUGUGACCAACUGGCGAGAAGAUCAGUACCAGGAUGACUGCAAAGCGAAGCAGCUGAUGCACGAGGCGCUGAAGCUGAGGCUCAAUCUGGUGGGGGGCAUGUUUGACACGGUGCAGCGCAGCACCCAGCAGACCACAGAAUGGGCUGUGCUCCUCUUGGAUAUCAUCAGCAGUGGCACUGUUGACAUGCAGUCUAACAACGAGCUCUUCACCACAGUGCUGGACAUGCUGAGUGUGCUUAUCAAUGGUACACUAGCGGCAGAUAUGUCCAGCAUCUCACAGGGCAGCAUGGAGGAAAAUAAGCGGGCCUACAUGAACCUGGUCAAGAAACUCCGAAAGGAGCUGGGUGACCGCCAGUCUGACAGCCUGGAGAAGGUGCGGCAGCUGCUGCCCCUGCCCAAGCAGACUCGGGACGUGAUCACCUGCGAGCCUCAGGGCUCCCUCAUUGACACCAAAGGCAACAAGAUCGCUGGCUUUGACUCCAUUUUCAAGAAGGAGGGCCUGCAGGUGUCCACCAAGCAGAAAAUCUCCCCCUGGGACCUCUUUGAAGGCGUGAAGCACUCUGCCCCGCUCUCCUGGGGCUGGUUCGGGACGGUGCGGGUGGACCGCAAGGUGUCCCGCUUCGAGGAGCAGCAGAGGCUGCUGCUGUACCACACGCACUUAAAGCCGAAGCCCCGGAGCUACUACCUGGAGCCCCUGCCACUGCCUCCCGAAGAGGAGGAGCCCCCCACGCCAGUCGCCCUAGAGCCGGAGAAGAAGGCUGUUGAGCCGACCAAGGUGGAGAAGACCAGUGCGAAUCCUACCAACUCUGCCACUGAGCCCAAAAAGAAGACCAAGACAAAGAAGAGGCCCCCACCCGCCAACAAGAACGAGGACUACAUGAUGAGCACAGGCCGAGGGGUCUCCUAUGGAAGUGGCAUGCCCACCGACCUCCUACACCAUCAGACGGGGAACCCCAUGUCACGGCUGGCCUACGGGCAGUCUCCAAUGGGCCUCUAUGCCCAGAACCAGCCUCUGCCAGCAGGUGGACCACGGUUAGAUACCUCUUACCGGCCGAUGCGCAUGCCAAUGGGAACGCGGGUUCCAAGCCGCCCUCCCUACACUGGGGUCUUGCCCACGAGCAUGGGGGGCAUGAUGGGAAUCGACCCUUCCUACAAGUCGUCCAUCUACAGACAGCAGCAGCCACCUGGUCCUCAGGGGCAGCUCCUUCGGCAGCAGCUGCAAGCCAAGCUGCAGAGCCAAGGAAUGUUGGGGCAACCACCCGUGCGCCAGAUGGCUCCUGCCCCGGCCUAUGGAUCUGUGCAGCCAUCACAGGGCUACACCCCCUACGUCUCCCAUGUUGGCCUCCAGCCUCACCCCUCUCAGUCGAGCGCCAUGGUGCCCCCCACCUACUCCAGCCAGACCUAUCAAAACACGCACCCUGGCUCCAACCCUGCCUUUGUCGACCCUGUCAGGCCGAUGCAGAGACCCAGCGGCUAUGUCCACCAGCAGGCACCUGGCUACGGACAUGCUCUGAACGCGGCCCAGAGGUUUUCUCAUCAGUCAAUGCAGCAAGCUGCCAUGAUAAGCGGGUUAAACCACAUGAGUGCUCAGGGCGUCCCAUCAGGGAUCCGACCCAGCCAGCUCCUGCCAGACCAGCAGCAGCAGUACCUGCGGCAGCAGCAGCAGCAGCAGCAGCAGCAGCAGAUGCUGAGGCAACAGCAGCAGCAGCCACAGCAGCAGCAACCGCAGCCCCCACCUCAGCAGUCCCAGCAGCAGCCCCAGGUCCCCACCGUCCCCCAGGCCCAGGCCCAAGGGCAGCCUCCCGGUCUGGGGAUCCCUCCUCAGCAGCCUCUGUUCCAGCGACAAGGCCUCCAGCAGACUCAGCAGCAGCAGCAGACGGCAGCUUUGGUUCGGCAGCUCCAGCAACAGCUUUCCAAUACGCAGACCCAGCAGAACAGCAACCCCUUUGUACGGUACUGAGGCCCAGCAAAGAGAGAGGCCUUGCAGUGGACUUGAGGGGGGCUCUGUCUGCUUGGGGCCACCAACGGCUUGCCCCCCACCCCACCGCCCUCUGGGGUGCCUGCUGUGCAGCAGCGGCAG